UAAACCCUAGUCGCUCCCCCGUCGCUGAACCAAACUAUCUACUUUAACACACUCUCCUUUUUACACACUGCAUUACUGUCCUGGCCAUCUCUUUCUUUAUUUUAUUCACUAAUCGCAUCAAAGAAACCCAUAUCAUAUCUCAUCAAAACAAGAAAACAAGAUGGGGGCCCAAUUCUCGCAAUUCUUCCCCCCACGCCCGACCUUCACCCUGGCCGACGUGCCCUCGCAGCAAGGAAAAAUCAUCAUCGUGACCGGUGGUUCCUCAGGGAUUGGGUUGGAACUCGUGAACAUGCUAUACAGCAAAGGAGCCACGGUUUACAUAGCGGGCCGAUCGGAAUCCCAAGCCCAGGCCGCCAUCGACCAAAUCCAAGCUACGGCUACAACUACGACGAAAGGCCGAUUGCACUACCUCUCGCUCCAUCUCGACGAUCUGACCACCAUCAAAUCCGCCGUCGAAACCUUUGCCGCCCGAGAAACCCGACUGGACCUGUUGAUCAACAACGCCGGGGUCUCGCAGCCGCCGCUGGGCAGCGUUUCAGCCCAAGGGAUCGAGCUCCAACUCGCGACCAACUGCCUGGGCCCGUUUCUCUUCACCCAGCUCCUCCUUCCGCACCUUAAGGCUGCUGCUGCUGCUGCAAGCUCCGACUCCCCCUCGAAACCAAUCGCCCCCCGCGUCGUCUGGACCAGCAGCCAAGUCGCCGAACUCUCCGCGCCCCCGGAAGGCAUCGUGCUCUCGGAGCUGCAGCACCCGCCGCGCGAUGCCGUCCGGAACUACGCGACCUCCAAACUGGGCAAUUGGUUCCUCAGCGUGGAGUUCGCGCGUCGCUACGGGAGCGGCUCGGCGUCGGCGUCAGCGUCGGGCUCCUCGCCGCUGGUCAGCGUCGCCCAGAACCCCGGGGCCGCCAACACGAACCUGCUCCGCAACGCGCGGUGGAUGAAGCUGCUCUCGUGGCCGCUGCUGCACAAGCCGGCGCUGGCGGCGACCACGGUGCUGUACGCAGCGCUCGCCGAGGAGCUCGACCGCCCCGAGAACAACGGCGCGUAUGUGAUCCCCUGGGGCCGCAUCCAUCCGGGGGUGGCGCCGGGCUUGGCCCGGCAUCUGGCAGCGGAGGAGGAGGGGGGCUCCGGGCGGGCGAGGGAGUUCUGGGAGUGGUGUGAGGAGCGGACGAGGGAUUAUUUGUAGUUGCCGAUUUAUGGAGAUUGACUUUUCGGUGCUUCGAUAUACCGUGAUGAGGCUUAGGAGCGAUGGGUUUCGUCAGAUCGGACUCCUGUUUUUGCUGUAGCGCCUUUGGACGACCUCUUUGCUCUUUUGCUGCUUAGAGCUAGAUAGUCAGAUGAAUUCAGUCUAUACUGGGAUUCUAACUUAGCUCACUUAAACUUCCAGCGGGGUUUACAUGUGCAGGACAAUGCUGCAGCCCGAAGCUCUGCUUCUAUACUAUGAUACUUUCCUG